GGCUAGAAACUUGUGUUUAUUUUCUUUAGCGGAAACCCAGUUGUCCUUGGUUCUAUCGUUAUUCUUGACAGGUACACAGUUGGAUAUAUAAGUGCCUGUGUAAUACCGAAGAAAGUCUAAAACUUGUUACAAAACGGUCCCUUGGACGAUAAAUACACUAGCGUAGGGGCUAGUAACGUUAGUAGUUAGCCAAGUCUAGCUAGCUAGCAACAACAAGGAAAGAUGGGGUCGAUUCUUAGCCGGAGAAUCGCUGGCGUUGAGGAUAUUGAUAUCCAGGCGAAUUCUGCGUACAGAUUUCCACCGAAAUCGGGGAAUUACUUUGCCAGCCAUUUUUUCAUGGGAGGGGAGAAAUUUGACACGCCACAUCCAGAGGGUUACCUAUUUGGAGAGAACAUGGAUCUGAACUUCCUUGGAAAUAGGCCUGUACAAUUUCCGUACGUGACCCCGGCACCCCAUGAGCCUGUGAAGACCCUGAGGAGUCUGGUCAAUAUCAGAAAGGACUCCCUGCGCUUGGUCAGGUACAAAGAUGACACUGAUGCUCCAGUAGAGGAAGGAGGGAAGCCAAAGGUUCUGUAUGGUGUGGAGUUCACAUUUGACGCUGAUGCUCGUGUGGCUAUCACCCUGUAUUGCCAAGCUUUUGAGGAAUUCACCAAUGGGAUGGCAAUGUACAACCCAAAGGGCCCAGCCCUGGUUUCUGAGACUGUACACUAUAAGAGGGGUGUGAGCCAACAUUUCUCCCUACCUUCUUUCAAAAUCGAUUUCACCGACUGGAAGGAGGAGGAUCUGAACUUUGACCUGGACCGGGGUGUUUUCCCCAUGGUGAUCCAAGCUGUGGUGGAUGAAGGGGAUGAUUGCUUGGGACAUGCACAUGUGCUGCUGGCAGCUUUUGAGAGACAUGUGGAUGGCAGUUUCUCCGUCAAGCCUCUGAAGCAGAAGCAAAUUGUGGAUCGUGUGAGCUACCUGCUGCAGGAGAUCUAUGGAAUUGAAAACAAAAACAACCAAGAGACCAAGCCAUCGGAGGAUGAGAACAGUGACAACAGCAAUGAGUGUGUUGUUUGUCUGUCAGACCUCCGAGACACCAUCAUUCUGCCCUGCAGACACCUGUGUCUCUGCAACUCCUGUGCUGACACCCUGCGUUACCAGGCCAACAACUGUCCUAUCUGCAGACUGCCCUUCCGAGCCUUGCUGCAGAUCAGAGCUGUGAGGAAGAAGCCUGGGCCACUGUCACCUGUGUCUUUCAGCCCUGUACUGGCUCAGACCAUGGACCAUGAUGAGCACUCGAGCUCAGACUCGGUUCCCCCAGGCUUUGAGCCCAUCUCUCUGCUGGAGGCCCUGAAUGGCCUGCACUCUGUGUCCCCCUCCAUCCCCCCCGCCCCCCUCUACGAUGAUAUUAACUUCUCUGGGAGCCUGGUAGGGGAGGGCCGGCCGCUGGGCUCCCCAGAACACUCCGGGGACGGGGGCCUGCAGAAGGGCAAGGUCAGCAAGUCACCUGACAGCACCCUGAGGUCGCCCUCAUCACCCAUCCAGGAGGAGGAUGAGGAGAAGCUGUCUGAGAUGUCGGACGCCCAGCCUCACACACUGCUCUCCAGCAGCCCUGCUCCCACCGAGGCCACUGCAGCCGAGGAUGUACCGGAGUCCAUCUCCCCAGAUGAUGAGGACAGGCUGCACUCUGGAGGAGAGCGAGAGAUCCUUCACGACUACAGCAGUGAACACAGCAGCCUGACCAAAACAGAGAGUGACCCGCCAGGGGACCUGUCUCUGCCAGCUCUAGGUCCUGAUACCUGCUCUAUUGGUGUGGAGGAAUAAAUGUGGGUCAUCAGAGAGCCUGAAGAGUCAGAGUACCAACUGCUCUAGCCAACCCCUCCUGUGUCCCCCCAGCAGCCUUCACAUGGAGGAUGAGCAAUUUGACCCCUAACCUCUGGGCCCAACGGUUCUCCCUCUCUGGCUGAGUCCCAAUUCACUUUCUCUAAUGGCUUUCACAAACUCCCUCCAGUCAAUAAUUACACCAAUCCAAUGCUUUUAAAUCCAUGACGGGGAGUGUGAAAGUGCACAUUUAGCCUAAAGGGUGAAUAAUUGGGACUUAGCCAUGGUCUCCUCCCAAGCCCAUCCCUCCCCCAUGAUCCAGUCCCCUUGGGCCUUGUAGAAGACCUCUCUCCUACUUUGGUCACCGAUUCAUGCCAUAACUGGCAUUGAUUCAAAAUGUGUUUUGUGGUGGUCAUUGCAAGGAUUUACUAAAACCAUACUAUACCUUAAUAGAAAAACAACAAGUCCUUAAUUAGAUUGCUUUGCAUACAUACAUUUAGGAGUGUGUAAUUGUUUAUCCAUUCUGGAUGGGGUUGUGAUGCAGUGGCGGACGUUGCAUGAUUCCAGUGGUUGAGUAUGACUACCAUCAUAUGGUAGUACUAGAAGCACACUCACUUUCAGUUUACUCUAUUCAAAUUAUUGCUUGACACUAAUUGUUUUAGAGAGCAUUAAUACCAUUCAUGUUGUAUUCAUCUAAACUAAUAACUUUUUUUAACUGUUAUUUCUUGGUGCUUGUACGAUAUGAAACGUUUUUGAAAGCAAACUUUGAAACAUUUCAGUGGACAUUUGACAUGAUCUAAACAUGACAUAAUUGAAUGGUGUCAUUUUUUUUUUAAAGGUUUUGAGGAUUCAUUCAUUUUACUUUGAAAUGGUGAAUUCCCCUGUCAUAGCAAGUCAAAUUGCGGCAUUUCAUUUCAAGUUGUCUUCAACGGUAAAUAUCUGCAUUUGUUUGUUUUUAUACUGAAUUAUGUGAUAUCUUAUGUAUUGUACCUGUACUAGAAAAUUGUGUAGAUUAAUUUGCAAAAUUGUAUAUUUGUGUAUUAUAGAAGAACAUCUGGGGAUUCAAAUAAGGAGAUUAGUAGUUACAGCUACAUGCACAGUAUCUCACAUUUAGCUGAUCGAUUUUUAGUGAACAGAGUCCAGCUUUACACCCGAACAGCUGAACACAAAGAUAGAUAGAGCCUGCAACAAGCCAAUACGCGAUGCUGACUGUAUAGCACAAAGUGUGUUAUUUGUAGACGUGGCAUAUUUCUGUAGCUAUAUUGUGGCUUGUCAUCCUGGCAUAGUCGUUGCCUUGCUCAAGUUCCAUGACUUGCAGUGUCUGACUUCCCUGUAGAUGUAGCACCAUACAUAUAGAUCUAUGUGCCUUCAACUAAACAGAUAUGGCUGCUGCCUGUUGCAUUUUCGGUGUUCUUGUGAUGAAACGGUUUCAGGAUAUACAGCUGUAUGAGCACGUAGUCUAGGAGGUUUUUAUUCCCAUUGGCUGAUAUACAGAGCUGUAAAAGUAUGACAUUUCUUUGCAUUCUCAAUGGUUCGUUAAAUAUUUUUAAAGAAACCUAAUUGUUAUUAAAACCAACUGUUCAGCAAUUACAAUUAUGUUAAGUCCAUAUAUUGAUACAUUUAAUCUAAAAAUGAACUACAUUAUGAGUAGACUUGGUUGUUAUAUGGUCUGUAUUGUAUGUGUUCUAAUUUUUUUCCCAGGGGGAAUAAACUAAAUGCUUCUCAACCAUUUUACUUAUGCAACAUCUUGAGACAUUGCAUCUUUAACAUUAGGUUAUCUUUUGCUUGUGAGUUUUGUUGUAGAGGGCUGUAAAACUAUCCAAUCUGUUUUGGAUUAACACUGUUCAUGUCAUGUGUCUUUGAUUAACGAUGUGUCAUGUUAACUUUGAUGAUGCACUUGUGCCUUGUUCCUGUUUUUCACUAUUAUUGACCUGGUAUCCAGGACAACACCACAUUUAGUGAUUCAUAACUCUAUCAAUAUCUGUCUGUCCCUGUGUACAGAUGUAGGAUCUUCAUUUGAUCAAUAUUCUGUUACUGAGAAUUUUCCUUCACAGCAGGAAAUGCAUUUGUAAUGCAUUCAAGGUUUAAAAAGACUUCUAAAGUUUGUCAUUUCUACUUUAAAAUAUCAGACUAGAUUUGCACUAACGAAAAAUGUAUCAACCCCUACAAAAAUGUCCCAUUCACUAUAAUCCACAUAAUUAAAAUUUCCUGUUACUGCAGGAUUAUUUUCCUGCUGUAGCAAACUGGCUCAAAUUAAGAUCCUACAUGUGUAGCCUAUAGCCGCAUGUGAAUAACAAUUAAAUAAAUGUAAUGUUGAACACUUCUGGUUUUAACUGCAUGUCUCAUGCUUGACCUGUGAUGACCAUUUAGGGUGAAUUCGGAAAAAGUGGGACACUUUGCAUUUCCAUCUUCUGUAACCUCUUUCGACAUCUAUUCAACAUAUUAGCCCAACACAUGACACAUUUCUGAAAUCCUACAUAUGUUUCGUAAUCACACAAAAAAAAACAACUGUUGAUUUUAUAUUCACAGGAGGCAUGACCAUAUUUUCAGUUCGCAUUUGGUCAACUUUGACACCAUUAUUAUAGUCCUAAUUGUACUUCAAUGACGAUUCAAUUUUGUGUGAUUAGGAAACAUUUGAGGAUUUCAGAAAUGUAUCAUGUUGGGCCGAUAUGUUGUAUAGGUGUCUGAAGAAGUUACAGAAGGCGAAAACGCAAAAAGUGUCCUGCUUUCUGAAUUCCAGAAAUAACAGUACUAAUAACAGGAUAUAGUACUACAAGAACCAGAGCCUAACCUAAAUACAGGUGGUCCUUAAUGUAAACUGGUUCUCUCUCCUCCAUUAGAAAAGCCCACUCCAUUCUGCUACUUUCACUAGCUAUGGUUGGUAAAGCCGGACAACAAACAUGACAAUUUCAAAAUUGAAAGAUAAUAUUGGCAACUAUGUAUUUUGAUGCACCAGUACAUAGUAUUCACAUUUACGUCAACAUUCUGCACAGUGCAUUAUGUAGGACCGUUUUAUAACCUUAACAACAAAACAGAGAAGCUAUGUCACUGAUUUUACCGUGAGCUUCCUGUUUGCUUUCUCUGCCCCUCCAUGAUGUCACCAAUUAAGUGAUGUAAUUUUGCUUUUAGUAACAAUAGUUUAAAUGUUCUUUUGUCAGACCAAGAAAUAAAGGAAUCAGGAUUAAUCUGU